GGUUGAGAUGAGAUCACCUGUAUCGGAUGGAUUAAAUUAGAUAUCCCGGUGUAGUUAUAACACAAAAGAGAACACAUGUUGACAAGAUCGACUGAGCAGCACGAGCCGGAGGCAAUUUUUGAAGGACUCUUGAUCUGGUUGAGUGGACAGAGUAAUCGGUUAAUGGCAAUCUGAUAUUUGCCUGAUCUAAUACAGCGACUGCGCCAGACAAAUCAAAGCAUUUCUGACUUCAUUUCCAGCAUCGAAACGUCGCACAGUGAACGAUGAAUCACCUGUCUUUGAGUGAGCUGUGCUGUCUCUUCUGCUGUCCUCCAUGCCCGAGCAAAAUCGCCUCCAAGUUGGCUUUUCUCCCUCCAGAGCCCACUUACACUUUAAUUUCUGAUGAGAGUGGCAGUCGAUGGACCCUUCACCUAUCUGAGCGUGCCGAUUGGCAGUAUUCCACCCGGGAGAAAGACGCCAUUGAGUGCUUCAUGACCCGGACAUCUAGGGGGAACCGCAUCGCUUGCAUGUUUGUGCGAUGUUCUCCCAAUGCUCGCUAUACCCUGUUGUUUUCCCACGGUAACGCUGUAGACUUGGGACAGAUGAGUAGCUUCUACAUCGGCCUGGGAUCCCGCAUCAAUUGUAACGUGUUCUCCUAUGACUACUCUGGCUAUGGAGCAAGCUCAGGAAAGCCCUCAGAGAAAAAUUUGUAUGCUGAUGUAGAAGCGGCCUGGCACGCGCUGCGAACAAGGUACGGUAUCAGACCGGAGAACAUAAUCAUAUAUGGGCAGAGCAUUGGCACGGUUCCUUCGGUUGAUCUCGCCUCACGGUACGAGAGUGCUGCCGUUAUCCUUCACUCCCCUCUGACCUCAGGCAUGCGAGUGGCUUUUCCUGACACCAAGAAGACAUACUGCUUUGAUGCGUUUCCCAACAUUGAUAAAAUCUCCAAAGUCACUUCUCCGGUGCUGGUGAUCCAUGGUACGGAAGAUGAGGUUAUUGAUUUUUCCCAUGGACUGGCCUUGUAUGAGCGCUGCCAAAGGCCCGCGGAGCCGCUGUGGGUGGAGGGGGCGGGCCACAACGAUGUAGAGCUGUAUGGACAGUACCUGGAACGCUUGAAACAGUUUGUUGCCCAUGAACUUGUGAACUUAUAAAUGGAACCUCAAGAUUAGGACUGACCUCACUUGAUGAACGUUGGCAACUGUGAACCAGACUGCUUUUUUCCUCUCUCAAUGAGUCACAGUGCUCUGGUAUAGAGAACAUGGGAGGAGUGUCCUUACUGCCUUUCUGAGGGUGUACCUGUGGUGGAGUGGACGAGGGGUCUGCUGGUUCAGUAGCCCUACGUUAGUUUCUGCUAUGUGUCUUGAUACUAUGUACUAAAAAAUUUAAACUCAUUCCAUAGUCUAUACUAUGAUUUUGCUGUAUGCAUGUGUUUAGGAUCAUGUAAGAAAUACAAUACUGUACAAAGAGGUGCAACAUUUUGACACAACAUUUCACCAUGCAGGUGAUGCCAAAUGUCCAGUACUGAUCUUUGAUGUUACUUUGUACUAGAAACGAUGUUUAUAACUUGUCUGUUUAACCACAUUCUGUACACCGUAUGUAAUUUUAUCCAUUUAAUUUGGAUUUUGUUUUUGGAUGUCCUCCAAUGUAAAUGUUUUGUCCUGUGAAAAUAAUGUUUUAAAUGUCAAAUAAACUUAUAGACUUCGGAAAUCAAAGAUACACUUAAUUGUGGCUUAAACGGCCCAAUCUAAAGGCACUUUCACUAUCAACCAGAGUGUAUUUUUCUUCACUAUUUGUGUAUGUAAGAGGCUUGAAAAUCAGUCAGAUUACACAUAAAUGUUGUUGAACAACACA